CCUAUAUGACAGAUCCAGCUCAACAAGCAAUAUUUGGCCUUGGCCUCUUGCUACGCAUCCAGAGUCCAGAUGAAGCUGAUAUACUUGCAACUCUCGGCGCCGAGUUGCCUGAUCGGGAACAUUGCAGCAAGCCAGGGCUACUCCAGACUUCCCCGCAAAGGAAGAAAAGACCGAGCAUGUCCUUCCAUCAAACUUAUUGCCAUCGUCCUCCCGAAUGCUGGAAAGAUGCGCAAGAAGACCUGGUAGGCGAUGGUGUCCAACCAGUUUGUGGUCGUUGCUCGAAGUCUAAUCGCUCCUGUCGCUACGCUCAACGUCGCUCUGGGGCCAUCGCCUUCCGACAUAGCAGAUUGUCGACCCUGGUAGCUCAAGCAGAAGUGUUCACCCAAAACGAUAAGAAUAACGCCCCAGUCUCAACACAGCCCCCCGCAUCUCCUCCUGUAGUGGCAGAUACCAGUCAAGUGCCAUCAACGUCUCCAUUCCUUGCUGACCCGGUGGUCUCUGCUACCCUCCCCGUAAACGAUAGAACCCUACCGCAUAAUGUCAUACGCUAUCCUACCUCCGAGUCCCAAGGAGCAGCAUCGAUUUCAUUCCUCCCACGAACUCCGGGCACAUCUUCGCCGACUGCGCCAAUCACCAGGUGCCCUCUAUUCUACAGACAUGCGCCUCGUGCACUGACGACCGCCGAGGGCGAACUAUUGCACUUCUUCGUGCAAAACAUCGGACCCUGGCUCGACGUUACUAGCCCCGAGCGCCAUUACACAUAUACAGUUCCUCGACUAUCCUUACAAUGCACUCUACUCCACACAGCCAUCAUGGCCUGCUCCGCCCACAUCCUCCGCCUCCUCAACCCUGAGCGAACCGAGCUAUCAACCGAAGAAGACAGAUACCAAUCCACAUGCAUCAACCUCCUCAUCCCCAUCCUCAACGACGUAGGCUCAGCAGUUCAAGACGAAGCCGUGCUCGCCACCAUCACCAUCCUCCGCAUGUCCGAGCAAUACGACGAGUAUCACGUUGAUCGCCAAUGCCACCUAGUCCCAGGUGCAUUCGCGCACCUCGACCCUUCUGUGCAAGCAUCAACUCGCACGGGGGGUCUCCUACAAGCGACCUUCUAUUCCUACGUACGGGCUGACAUCCGCAUGGCCAUUCUCGGCCGCUGCAGCACCAAGUUCUCCGUAGCUAGCUGGCCACUCGACGAGAGUUAUCCCGAGACAGACGCUGACUGGGCAAAUAGGAUGACGUGGCUGCUCGUUCAUGCUAUUAAUCACUGUUUUGGUCGUGAGUGUCCGGGGUUGUUGCCGAGGGCACAGUUAGAUGAGCUUAUUGAUGCCUGGAGGAUUAAUGUGCCUGAUACGUUUGAACCGUAUUACUAUGAGGAGCAGGAACGGGACUCCUUCCCGGUGAUUAGGUUGCUUUGUCCGUGGCAUAUCGUCGGCCUCCAAUUCUACCACACAGCCAAAAUCCUCCUCGCUUCGCACUUCCCACCACCACACACUAACAUCAACACGACCAACACCCUAACAUACCACCACCAUCUUAAAUCCACCAUCCUCCCACACGUCCACGCCCUCUGCGCGAUUUCCUUCUCCAACGACCACUUCGGAUGCAGGAUUAAUGCAUCUCAUUGUGUCGCUAUGGGUGAAUACCUAACCUUUAUUUUGUUGAAAUAUGAUUAA